UCAGCCCGCGCUCUGGCUGCUCGCUCUGGGGACCCCCGGCGACCCCGCAGCCUCCUUCCCCGCAGGUCCCCUUCCCAGCGCGACCCGGGCUCCCCCGCGGGCCAUGGAGCCGGCGGCCGGGAACCUCAGCGAGGGGAACGCGAGCGGGCCCGAGCCCCCCGCCCCGGAGCCCCGGCCGCCCCUCGGCAUCGGCGUCGAGAACUUGGUCACGCUGGUGGUGUUCGGCCUCAUCUUCGCGCUCGGCGUGCUGGGCAACAGCCUGGUGAUCACCGUGCUGGCGCGCAGCAAGCCGGGCAAGACGCGCAGCACCACCAACCUGUUCAUCCUGAACCUGAGCGUCGCCGACCUGGCCUACCUGCUCUUCUGCAUCCCCUUCCAGGCCACGGUGUACGCGCUGCCCACCUGGGUGCUGGGCGCCUUCAUCUGCAAGUUCAUCCACUACUUCUUCACGGUCUCCAUGCUGGUCAGCAUCUUCACUCUGGCCGCGAUGUCGGUGGACCGCUACGUGGCCAUCGUGCACUCCCGGCGCUCCUCGCUGCGGGUGUCCCGCAACGCGCUGCUGGGCAUGGGCUUCAUCUGGGCGCUGUCCAUCGCCAUGGCCUCGCCCGUGGCCUACCACCAGCGCCUCGUCCACCGGGGGGUUGGCAACGAGACCUUCUGCUGGGAGGAGUGGUCCAACGAGCGCCACAAGAAGGCCUACGUCGUGUGCACCUUCGUCUUCGGCUACCUGCUGCCGCUCCUGCUCAUCUGCUUCUGCUACGCCAAGGUGGGCGCGGGCGCGGGCGGCGGGGCCCGGUGGCGUCCGUCUCCCGGGUCCCCGCAGCAGCCCGGCCCCGCGCCCGCGCCCGGCGGCGUCCUGGGCGGGUCGUGUUGCGGUUCGUCUCCACCGCUUGGGCCUGCGCGUGUGAGGCUCCGCGAGGAAGUUGCUGGGGGUCGGGGAGAUGCCCGGCGAGUCCGCCGCGUCCCCUUCUGGCCACCGCAGCCCUUGCGCCCACGGCCCCGAGUGCGGCUCACGCCGGUCCUCCGCGCCAAGCGCUCUGCCCUGCGCGUCCCCAGGGCCUCAGGGUAGCUCGGCCCCUCCCAGCGCUCGGCCGGCAUGGAGGGGGCCGUGCGCGGCCAGCCUUUCCGCUCUGCGGGGACCUGGCUCUUACCAGAAGUUUAGCUUUAUAGUAGAGCAGUAUUUCUUCACAGUCCCUUCCGGAGUCUGCAGAGAGUUUAGGAUGAAUGGGUUUCAGUCCUUCUCAGGAAGGCUGUGUAAAUAGUAUGAAAGGAUUCCGGGUCACGUCUAAGCCCCCAGCUCUGCAGACACCCCUGCCGGCGGCGCCCUGCGCCUCCACCUUCUUCCCCUGCAGAGCCCGACAGAGCGCAGCCAUCUCACGUUCUCUUUACUAGCAACACGUGGGCUUGAAGAUUCUACACUGGUCAAAAAGUCCUAAACCUUUUAACACAACUGAUUUAUGUUUAAAAGUAUAUGCUUAAUAAUCAUGGGAUGGUGACUCGUGGGGGAAAGUCCAUUGUCAUGA